AACAAAAAAAAAAAAAAUAUUAUUGACGUAAAAAAGUGAUUGCACAAUACCCAAGUUAGGUAUUUGUUUUUAAUUUAAUUUAUUUAAUUUUUAAGCUAUGCUUUAGCUUUUGCAAUUUAAAUAAUAUAAAAUAUAUAUUUUCAAAUUAAAUGAUAAUAAAAUCAUUGACAAACAUACUCUCGUAAUAAUUGAUUAAAACUAAUUGACACGUGUGUAUUAUUUGUUAUUAUUGUUUUAAAAAUUUUUGCUCAAGUGCCAAAAAUCAUUAAACAAUUUUUUUUAGACAUGAUAAAACUGGCGCCAGUAUUAUUUACAAAUAGAUAUUGCAAGACGUCAAAAAGAAAAAACAGUUAAAUAAUAAACAUCAGUGUUUUUUUAAAAUUUAACUCGUGACUUGAUGAAAAAAUAAUAAAGCAAAAGAAAAAAAAAAUAACAAGACACAACUGUCAAUAACAGUGAGAAUAAAAUUAUUUUAAUUUUCAUUGAUUAUUGCUGAUAUAAAUAAAAUAUAAAAAAGUAGAAAAAAAAUGGGAUCAUUAUUGAGACGUAGUUUAUUAUUAUCAAUAAAUAAUAUUAAAAAUAAUAAAAAAAUAUGGAUAUCAAAAAGGCUACAACAAACAAAUGCAGCAUUUAAUUCAACAAAUGAAACACAACAACAGUCAUCAAAUAAUGUAACACCAAUAUUUAGAAAUGCCAUAAAAUAUGGUGAUAAAAUAGCAUUAAAAGAUUUACAAGGUGAUUAUACAUAUCGUGGUCUUUAUUUAAGUUCACGUCAAUUUUCACUUGAAUUAUCAUCAAUAUUAAAUGGUCAUGAACAAGAAAGAAUAUCAUUUUUAAUGCCAAAUGAUGCUAGUUAUGUAAUUGUACAAUGGGCAUGUUGGAUGAGUGGUCAUAUUGCUGUACCAUUAAAUACAUCAAGUCCACAAUUAUUACUUGAUUAUUAUAUUAAUGAUUCAGAUUCAAAAUUAAUAAUAACAACAAAAGAAAAUUUACCAAUUAUUGAGCCAUUAUUAAAAAAUACAAAUCGUAAAUUAAUAAUAUUUGAUGAUACAUUACGUUUAUUAGCACAACAACCAGAUAAUAAAAUAACAAAUAAUAAAUUAAAAAUUCAAUUACCACCAUCAACAACAACAACAACAACAGCAAUAAAUACCAAUAAAAAAUUUAUUGAUACACAAUAUGAUGAUUCAUAUUAUAAUGAUAAAAUAGCAAUGUUUGUAUAUACAUCUGGUACAACUGGUAAACCAAAAGGUGUUGUUAUGACAUUUAAAAAUAUACAAUCACAAAUUAAUUCAUUAAUAAAUGCAUGGAAAUGGAAUGAUAAAGAUAUUAUAUUACAUACAUUACCACUUAAUCAUAUACAUGGUAUUAUAAAUGUACUAAUGUGUCCAUUAACAAUUGGUGCUAAAUGUAUAUUAUUACCAAAAUUUCAAACAAGUAGUGUAUGGAGUUAUUUACUUGCAAUUAAUAUGCAAAAUAAUGAUAGAUGUAAUAUAUUUAUGGCUGUACCAACAAUUUACAUGAAAUUAAUUCAUGAAUAUGAUCAAUUAUUUACUAAAAAUAAUAAAAUUAAAGAUUAUGUUUAUAAUGUAUGCAGUACAAGAAUAAGAUUAAUGGUAAGUGGUUCAGCCCCACUACCAAAACCAAUAUUCGAUAGAUGGGAAGAAAUAACUGGACAUCGUUUAUUGGAAAGAUAUGGAAUGACUGAAACUGGAAUGGUACUGUCAAAUCCACUUGAAGGUCAACGUAUUCCAGGUACACAUGGAACUCCAUUGCCUGGUGUUGAAGUUAGAAUAACAAAAAAUAAUAAAAAUAAUAAUAAUAAUGAUUCUGAUGUACUUGUACAAGGUACUUGGCAUGGUAGUAGAAUUUUAACAAAUGAAAAAGGUGUAUUAAGUGGUGAAUUACAAGUCAAGGGUGAUAAUGUUUUUCGUGAAUAUUGGAAUAAACCAGAUGAAACUAAAAAAGAAUUUACAAAAGAUGGAUGGUUUAAAACAGGUGACACUGUACAGUAUGACAAUCGUAUAUACAGUAUCCUGGGUCGUAGCUCAGUUGAUAUAAUAAAAACUGGUGGUUUCAAGGUCAGUGCCCUGCAAGUAGAAACUGCAAUACUCGGUCAUCCUGAUAUCAUUGACUGCGCAGUUGUUGGUUUGCCAGACAUCACGUGGGGACAAAAAGUAGCAGCAGUUGUGGUUGCCCGCGAGGGAACUGAAAUUAUUCUGUCCCAACUACGUGAGUUCGGCAAGAAGUUAUUGCCUGAGUACGCUGUUCCCACGGUCUUGAAGGUAGUCGAUAAAAUUCCAAAGAACAACAUGGGCAAGGUUAACAAGCCCAACUUGUUGGCUGAAGUUUUUCCAAAAAAUCAAAUAUAAUUAUUUUAUUGUAUAUAUUUUUUUUUCAUUUUAUUGUUUGUUAAUUUUAUUUUAAUUGUAAUUAUCAAAAAACAACUCUUUGAGGCAAAAAAAAAAAUAAUCAAAAAACACAUAAUCAGUUAUUUAAUAAUGACAAAAAAAUUAAGUAGUUUUAAAAUAUUUAAAAUUUUACAAAAAAUAUUUUUAUUUAUUUUUUUCUUUGAUUUGUUUUAAAUAUUAGAUAUAUUAAUUUUAAUAAUUGUUACUUAUCUUUUUUUUUUUUUUGGCUUUUCUUGAGAAUAAAAAGAAGAAAAAAAAAAAUGAAAAAUUUAUUAUUGCACUGAAAUUAUUAUUGGUAAUAAUAACAAGUCGGCUUUCUAAUACUUUUGAUGUGUUAUGUAAAACUUGUUUGACCCAGAGUUUCACAUUUCACUUACUCUUAAAUAUUUAAUUUAAUUUAUUUUUCAUGACAAAUUGAAAUUCAUUAUUUUUUUUUUUUUUUUGCAUUAAUAAAUUUAUCAAAUAACAAAAAUUGAAAAAUGAAAAACAAAUUAAAUAUUAUUUAAAAAAAUAUAUUUUGAUA